AUGUCCAAAGUUUCGGUGGGCGACGUCUAUGAAAAAGUCAUAAGUGAUGUCUGCGAGGCGUCACGACAAGACUUUGAGGAGGGCGGUGUUGAGCUGGCGACUCUUGAAUUACUGAGAUCGGAAUGGCAGAAGAAGCUUUCUGGUCUCAAGGUUGCGCACCUUCCAUGGGAUCCGCCUCCAGCUCCUCUUGUCAAAGAACAAAGCACGGUCCCCAGUAACGUCAAACCCGCGCCUCAAACGCUCCCCAGCAAUGGAAACGCUGUUAGCACUCCUCCAUCUCAACAGGCCGCCCCGUCAACGCCCAUCGUCAAGACUGAACCCAGUGCUCCCUCGUAUCCCGCUCAGCAAGCUUCUCUUCCCCCUCAACCUUACCAGGCACCUUCCUUCCAGCAAGGUCAACCUUUGACAGCUCGCGAUCGGGCGGCAAUGAAUCUCCACCAGAGUUUUGGCCAACGUGCAGGCCCUCAAAUCGCACAACUUCAAUCCGGCAAUGCACCUCGUGUUCCCAUGCAACCAUCCGCGACACCUUCAAGCAAUUAUGUCAAGCAGGAGGACACUAAUGCUGCCUUCGCGAAUGUUCAGGACUACAAUGCUGACCUCAAACCUCCGCCCCAAGCCAUCAAUGCGAGCCAGACGGAUGGAUCAUGCGAUGCUCGUGAUGACUGGGACGCUGAGUACACUCAGCGGAAAGCAUUCGCCGCUGCUUAUGGUGCUGAAGGUGACCGUCUGAUGCGUGCUCACUUCCAGGCAACGCAACAACAACUUGAAGGUGGCGGUCUUCUCACAACCCUCGAUGAACGCGUAAUCCCAGGCAGAGCUAUUGCUCGAAAUCUCGAUGCGUUGGUCCCGUCGGAGGCUGCCACCCAUGUCAACAGCAUCAGCCGCGCACAAGGCGAUGCAACCGGCGAUGAUGACGCGGAUGACGAUGAGGAUGCCAUCAACUCCGAUCUGGACGAUCCUGACGAUGUAGCCGCAAACGAGGAGAAUGGCGAAAAUACAGAUCAAGUCAUGCUCUGUACCUACGAUAAGGUUCAGCGAGUAAAGAAUAAGUGGAAGUGCACUCUGAAGGACGGUAUCUUGAGGGUUGAGGGAAAUGAGUAA